AGCUUCGCAAAUUUUGCCAUACACGAAAAGCAAAGACUGGACACCAACCAGCUACAGUCCAGCACUGCCAAUGAGUACGCAGAAUGCUUAGAGAGAUGUUUGGUUCACGAAAGCUGUACAUCACUCAAUUAUGGCGGAAAUGGGGGUGCCGAGUGUCAGCUAUUGGAGUCUAACAAGCACGAUUCUCCUGAAAAGAUGAAGUUCGAUGAGGCAUUUGUGCAUUUCUCGCUAAAGAGCCCUUGUGACAAUCAACCAUGUUUAAACAGGGGGAAAUGUAUCCCAGACUACCAAAAAAAUACCUACCGAUGUCGUUGCCCUUGGGAAUACAACGUUUUGAAAAACUGUGAAGGUCGAAUUCUUCCGUCCGACGAUGGAGACUGGAUAGCCUUCUGGUGGUAUGACGUUGGUACCACGUGGCCAUCAGAUGAAAAAGACGUCCUUGCUUACGACUUUGGUUACUGCGAGCCACGUGAUCCGUACUGCUUUGGUCGGCUCCCCGCAGAUGCUAAGGCAGAUCACACUGAAAUGCUUGCAGUUGACUCAGAAGGUACCACGUACAAGUGGAAUUUCAGCUCUAGCGCUUCAGCUGCCAGUGCAGCUUGGCGUGCUUUCCAUGAUCACCAGGAGGUAGAUCCUGGGGAGAGCGUAGACAGCAUACCUGCGUGGAAUCCCGAAGUGCUGAACGGUAGCGAGCCAAGAAAAGACCAACGUGCAUUCAUGUACCGUGAGGAGAAUGGAGUCAAGUCGGUGCUGUUGGCUGACAAUAACUGUGAUUGUCUGUCAACCCUAAGUCUCGGACACGGUAUGUGUAAUAAUGGUUCUAGAUCUGCUAGCGUCAACAGUUUUGGCGUGGAAACUCUAUAUGAACCAUCCUGUCAAAGCCCAAGAUCAGGUAUUGGUCUUACGCUGUAUGUCCGCAGAAAAACUCCUAAUUAA